UUUUGACAAUUGCCUGACAGCAAAAAUAAUUCUGUUCGCUGAAAUAGCUGCGAUUCAAUCUGUGUGUAUAAAAACGAAAACAAUCAGCAAUAAUGCCUGAAUUAUCAGCAGCUGAGAAGGAUUUCUUGCGUCGCAAACAUGAGCAGACAUCAAAGUUGCGUGCCGAAUAUUUGAAACAAAUAUCAAACCCCCACAGACAUGCGACAGGCGAAGGUGGCACUUUGUUCGAUGCCGGUUUGGCGCGUUUCCAAGCGAUGCGUGUCUCCAACUAUGAGCACUUCCGACCAACCGGAGUAGCCUUCCGCACUGGUAUGUUCGCCGUUGUGUUGCCAAUUGUUAUCUAUGCUUGGGCGCUGAAAUCAGAGCGAGAUGGUCGCGAACACAAAUACCGCACUGGUCAGGUGGCCUAUAAGGAUCGUCAAUUCAAAUUUAUUUAAAUCUCGUUUCGGAGAAAAGUGCAUAACAAAAAUAGCUUGGGCAAAGUUGUAGCUAUAUUGAAAAUGUGUGCAUACGCUUUUAUUAAUGAAUAAACGUAGACUAAUUAAUAUGAAAAUUGAACAUAAAAUUGCGAUUAAUAUAAAUAAAGUGCAGUAAAAUCUA